ACAAAGCAAGUAGUUGCUGGCUCACAGAAGUUAGACCGAAUUUACUCCUUUUCACAACAUUAUUGGGACGUCGUAAAAAUUUCCAUAUUUUCAUCUCAACAUUCUUUCCCCUCUAAUUCGACGUAAUAAAUUAGAUGCGCUCAAAGUCAGUGUCCAUUAACCAACAACAAUCACAUUCAUUCACGCACACUAUCCUCACAGACUGAACUAAAAAAAAUCAUCAAUUUCCAUUAUCACUUUCAGAUCUCACUUUCGAUGGAACUUUCGCUGUUCGAUCUCGGUGAUUCGAGUUGAGAUGCAGCCGAAUUUGUUUCCCUUUGGAACCGCGCUGAGUAAUCCGUUUAUUUUCAAUGGUGAUUUGAGUGAAGGAGGUGGAAUCGAUAGUUCUAGGGUUUUCGUUUUGCUUCCUUUCUUCUUGCUCUCUCAGGGAGGAGCAAUGGAUUUGUCUAAGGUCGGUGAAAAGAUCUUGAGUUCUGUUAAGUCUGCCAGAUCGCUUGGAUUGCUUCCUUCUGUUUCUGAUCGCCCUGAGGUUCCAGCUCGAGCUGCUGCUGCAGCUGCCGUAGCUCGUGCUAUUGCAGGGUUACCUCCUCAUCAGAGGUAUAGUCUUUCAUCAAGUUCAGCAGAGCUGAGUUCAAUAUAUGGAAGCAUACCUCAUGGCCCUGCAGUGGAGGAACUGGAGGAUGAUUUCUACGAGGAGGAUUUUGAUCCAAUUAGGCAUGUUUUGGAGCACGUUCCUUCUGAAGAAAACGAGUUAUCAUAUUUUGAAAAGCAGGCUGCCCUUAGAUUAACACAAUUGGAUAAAGUAGCAGAGCAUUUGUCUCGCCAUGUUAUGGAGCAUCAUGAAGUAAUGGUGAAGGGGAUGAAUUUGGUCAGGGAAUUGGAGAAAGACUUGAGAAUUGCAAACGUCAUCUGUAUGAAUGGAAGAAGACACCUGACAUCUUCUCUGAAUGAGGUUUCUAGGGAUUUGAUUGUGAAUUCUUAUUCAAAAAAGAAACAAGCACUAAUGGACAUGCUUCCAGUCUUGACUGAACUUGAACGUGCAUCAGACAUGCAAUCAACACUUGAAUCCCUUGUAGAGGAAGGGGAUUAUUGGAAGGCAUUUCAAGUCCUAUCAGAGUUUUUGCAACUCUUAGAUAGUUUGUCAGAGCUUUCUGCAAUGCAGGAGAUGAGUCGUGGUGUGGAGGUUUGGCUAGGAAGAACUUUGCAGAAGUUAGAUGCUCUUUUAUUGGAUGUUUGCCAGGAAUUUAAGGAAGAUGACUAUAUGACAGUAAUUGAUGCCUAUGCAUUGAUAGGGGAUACCACUGGUCUUGCUGAAAAGAUACAAAGUUUCUUCAUGCAAGAAGUCAUAUCAGAGACACACUCAGUGCUAAAGGUUAUUGUGCACGAGGAUGAGGAGGGACUUGCGCAAAAUAGUAGGCUCACUUACAGCGACCUAUGCCUUCAGAUACCUGAUUCUAAGUUUAGACAGUGCUUACUAAGAACACUGGCUGUUUUAUUUGACCUUAUGUGUUCAUACCAUGAAAUUAUGGAUUUUCAGCUAGAGAGAGAGGACUCACCAGCACAAACUUCUGAUAAGUGCAAUGAAGACAUUUCUUGUAGUUUAGAUGUGGCUGGGGAAGUUAAUUCAGAUGUAACAGCAUGUAACGAUUCUAUGUCCAGUUCCGGGGAUGUGAUACAAGGGUCAUCUUCUACAAAAGCACCUUCAACAAUCAGUUCACUGACUGAAACAACUGGUUCACCAUACAGCAAUUCUCAUGAUCCAGUGAAUGAGGUUAGUAACGGGGAAAAUUCAGCAUCAAGCAUCGAUUCCCCGUGGUACCAUCUUCGGAAAGAAGCUACAACAUUUGUUUCUCAGACCCUUCAAAGAGGACGAAAGAAUCUGUGGCAUCUCACUGCAAGUCGCGUCUCAGUGUUGCUUUCUUCUGCUGCAGCUUGUUCUACAAGCAUUCAUCAAUUCUUGAAAAACUAUGAAGAUCUUAGUGUAUUCAUUUUGACUGGGGAAGCCUUCUGUGGAAUUGAAGUGGUUGAGUUCAGGCAGAAGUUGAAGGUUGUUUGUGAAAACUAUUUCAUAGCAUUUCAUCGACAAAAUGUGCAUGCCCUAAAAAUGGUUUUGGAGAAGGAGACUUGGUUAAAAUUGCCUCCAGAUACUGUUCAAAUUAUCAGUUUUGCUGGGCUUAUUGGUGAUGGAGCGCCUUUAAUUUCUUUAUCUAGCAGUAAAUCAAUGAAGGCUAAUGAAAUACAUUCAAAUAAUAAAUCAGUGAACAUGGUUCACACUGGUACAAAUAAGAGUGGGUUCUCUCAUUGGAUUAAAAAUGGAAAUCCUUUUCUGCCAAAAUUAUCAACCUCCAAAGAAGGUCACGGUACUCCCCAACCUAAUGGGUCAAGUUAUGGUGAAUUUGAUGGAGGCUCAGCCAACAACUAUCAUGGCGAUAGAGUCUCCCCCAGGAAUGACUCCAGUCAAUUAAAUGGUGCCAAUUCUGUUUCAGAAGAUGAAAAUGAGGAUCUUCUUGCUGACUUUAUUGAUGAAGACAGUCAACUUCCAAGUCGAAGUUCUAAACCCCAUCUUUCUAGAUUUCACUCUUCACAGGGUAAUGACGAAGAGAGUACAACACAAACUGGGUCUUCUCUUUGUCUUUUAAGGUCUAUGGACAAAUAUGCAAGGCUUAUGCAGAAACUAGAAUUAGUAAAUGUUGAGUUCUUUAAGGGAAUAUGCCAGUUGUUUGAAAUUUUUUUCUAUCUUAUAUAUGAAACAUUUGGUCAGCAGAAUACUAAUUCAAGUGGAAAAAGCUCAGUUAACUCUCUUAAUUAUCGCUUGAGGACAGCAUUAUCUAGAAUAAACCAAGAUUGCGAGGAGUGGCUUAGGCCCCACUCAUCUUCCCCAACAUCUUUAAGUUCAUCAUUUGUACAUGCAGAGUUGACACCUACAAAUCCUCCAAAUAUGAAUUUUGGCCAGCCUUCGGGGACUGGUUUUAGUCUUAAGGAAAGAUGUGUGGCUGUUGACACUAUAUCUGUUGUUGCUCGAAUAUUGAAUAGAUCAAAAGCUCACCUCCAAUCAAUGCUCUUGCAAAGUAAUUCAACUGUACUAGAGGAUUUCUUUGUUCAUCUGGUGGAUGCUGUACCAGAUCUUAUAGAGCAUGUGCAUCACACAACAGUAAGACUACUGCUGCACAUUAAUGGGUAUGUUGAACGUGUUGCCAAUUGUAAAUGGGAAGUAAAAGAGCUUGGCAUGGAGCAUAAUGGGUAUGUUGAUUUGUUGCUGGGGGAGUUUAAGCACUUUAAAACACGACUUGCCCAUGGAGGAAUUCGUAAAGAGACUCAAGACAUAUUGUUGGACUAUGGGCUUGAAAUUAUUGCGGAAACUCUUGUUGAAGGACUUUCACGGGUGAAGAGAUGUAAUGAUGAAGGACGAGCUCUAAUGUCAUUGGAUCUACAGGUUUUGAUAAAUGGGCUAAAGCAUUUUGCGUCGUUGAAUGUAAAGUCCAAGCUACAAAUGGUCGAAACUUUCAUUAAGGCUUACUACCUUCCGGAGACAGAAUAUGUGCACUGGGCACGGGCGCACCCGGAAUACAGUAAGAGCCAGGUUGUUGGAUUGAUCAACCUUGUUGCCUCUAUGAAAGGUUGGAAGAGGAAAACCAGGUUGGAAAUACUGGAAAAGAUUGAGUGAGUAAGUAGGUUUCUUUUGUUGUGUAUGAAGUUAGGCAUAUAGAAUCUUCUACCCCUUUUCCUCGUGUAAAGGUAGUGUAUAUUACAUGGUAUUUGAUCCUAUUAAUUAUUUAACAUUUUCCGAGUUCGAGCUUCAAGUGUUCUGUAGAUAAUAGCCCUAUGAAAAUAAGUUGUAAUUGUACAAUAAUUUUUUUUUUAAUGUUUUACAUAACUCAGCUAACUCUAGUCAA